CCUUCUCCGUGUCCGUCAUUGGCCAUUGCCUCUGCGGCACAUUGCUUAGGCAAAUUGCUAUGCCCUCACUGGUCUACUCGUCCAGAAUAAAGGCUGUGGACGACCAUACGAGCGUAGUUCUCCUUUCAAAGCACUGUCUCGUACUAGGAGAGCCUUCUGAUAUCGUGUACAUCGUGAAACAGGCGCACAUCCCAGAUAAUGUCGACAUUCUCUUGGCCUCGAGUCUUACGUUCACGAUAUCAGGUCUCUUGGACAAGAAAAAAGUAUCCGCAGACUGCAUCCAACGCUCUCACUUGGCUCGCCAUAUCGUGGAAUAUCUCAAGAAUAAUGCGGCAGUGCUUGGCCUAAGCACCAUUUCCGACGUGUAUCGGGGCGACAAUGAUGACGUGCCGACCUUUACAGUGCAUUCAUCUCGUUAUAUGCCGUCAAGCUCAGAGAUAAAGUCAACACACCUGACGCUCACUGCGAUUCAUCUGCGAUAUGAAUGGAGGAAUAACACCACUCUGGAUUCUUCCAGCCAACUCCAUCCAUUUUCUACAAAUCUGCCGCUGCCGUUCUUGACUCUGCUGGAUAACCUUAUUGGUCGGUUCGCGACAUGGCAUCUCGUAAAGCGUUAUCCUCUCAUAUUUGGAACUUGGUUCAAGCAACUAGAUAUUGAAGCAUUGUUCUUCCCGAAAAUAUUUCGAAUGCUGCUAGACAUGAUGAAAAGGUCUCCCAACCCAGAAUUCCGCUCGACUUGCAAGCGUCUCCUCAAAAGCAUCAGGCGAAAACAACUAUCAAAAAUCUCAUCGUCUAAUGCUUCCUUGUCCAAGCUACUGCCAGAAGUUGGUCGAGAUCUCGAUACUUUCAAGGACUGCGAAAAGGAACUUGAGUUUAAUGUUGAAGAUGCGUUCUGCCUCGCCAUGGACCACUGUUAUCGCCGUGUUAUCAGGCGUCCCGCGUUCAAGAGCGUAAAUCGCUUGUUCGCUGCGUCAGCUGAUGCAGGAGACGAUGACGAACUUGCUUUGGACCAGGUGCCUCUGCUGCAGACAGCAUUGGAGUCUCUUCGCGGACUAGAUAUCUUGUCAAACUUUCACAUGCCGACUACCUUUGUACCGUUGGAUCCGGACCAUACCGUUUCGGUUCACUUCUCGGACGAUGGCUCUUCUGAUGCCGCUCUCGUGGAUAUAGACCUAGAGGGACACGAUUCGAACGUUGACCUUGAUAGCCAGAGCGAUGAUAACCUUGUGGACUCCGACUUUUCGUUCGAAGAAGAGCUGAGCAGUCCCGCUACAUCCAGUAGACCUAUACUUCAUCAGGCCGAGGCUUGUUAUACGAUCGAAGACAUGAUGCGCUCGGCCUCACCCUACGAACAGGAAAAUCUUUCAUCACUUUGGCACUCCGAUAUUGAACCUCCUGACGCAGUCAGACACUACUCGUUUUGUCUGUCUACGGGUCUUGAACACCUUAUGGAUAUGGAUUCCGAUACUGACGAAAGCGGCUUUGACAGUCUGAGCCCAGUAUCUCAGGACGAUGCUUCUCUCUUUGACACUCGCGUUCCAUCACAUUCUGGAUUUGAGCUGGCCAAACCCAACUUUGUACCCCCGAUUUCUCCCGCUCAAGAACCGUUGCACCUCGAGGACCUUGACUGUCUCAUGUUCUUUGAUAAGUACGACCUUGACCCAUCGGCUGACGACAGCGUUGCCAUUACCUUCGACACCGACGUCGGUAUAUCUUUAGAUCUAGAUACAGAUGAUCACGCUCCGUCCCAUUGUUCCACCGCGCAUGUGGACUCUGAUGAAGAAGUACUCGUGGACGAUUGCGAGGAUAUGGUCAUCGACCAUAUUGACUGUCAGUUAGAGGAUUCUUCCGAAGACGAGGUCGCGAUGGUCGAGAUAGUGGGACUUGAAAUGUUCGAGAUCCUGGAUGAUGACUGGGAAAGGUAAAUACGCUGCCUUGCAUUCGGAAGACGGAAACUACCAAACUGUCUGUCGUUCUUUUGGUUGAGGAAUGCUAUUUGUAUCAGUCUCUGUCGUCUAUGGACACGGUUGUUGUA